CUAACCGGUCUGUUCAUACCGCAUUGAUCAUCAUACAAACGAGUUGCACUAAAAGAACAACCAUCACUUGAACUAACUAUCGCAGAUUCACACAUAAAGGCUAUUACUCUAUAAAUGACACGAUCAAGAAGCAUUCGUGUUAGAAAAAGCAGUUCGAAACACUCUACCUGGAUAUGCUUACUAUACCAAACACGACCCUUCCCAACAACCCACAUCUUAUGCUCUCCUAGAAAAUCACCAACCGUAACACUCACACCACCACCUAAUCUAAUAGAACUUACAAUCCACACCGGUCCAGAAUCUACCACAUCUACCACCUUUCUACCGGCCCCAAGUAUCCAGCCAUUGCGACUCACUCUCACGCUGCUGUAGAAAUUCUGCGUCGCACGAGUGACCAGACGAAGAUUGGUAACUAGCGGAGGUCUUUAUCCUAUUGUGGAAAAACUCAUACAUGCAUAUGUACGUAGGUAAAAGGUGGGCAUAUCAGUACUUUCUACACCGCUUUUGCUAGUCCACAUCUGGAGAUGACCAUCUCAGCCGCCACACAGCCACAGCUACGAUGACCUAUAACAUGGCAGUUCAGUAAAUCGACUGUCUUUGAAGUAUUUUCACCUACUUUCUACUUCAUGCCCAAACUUUGAUUUUGUCGCUUUGUUAUUGUAGUCUUCGUCAUGGAGAGCGAUAACGAAAUCAACGUAAACGAUUUUGACUCUCGGCUUCUCGCAGCGAUCGACGAUAACGAUAUACAUCAAUUCAAAACCAUAUUAGACGAGUGCAAUGAAGCCUACGAUCAAAGUGAUGCCGGAAUACUCGAACAUGCUAUUGAUUGCGGCUCCCUCGAUAUUGCAGAAGAGCUUUUUAGACGGGGUGCGAAAUGGGGAUGGCAAACCAUGAACUCGCUCAUCGUAAGCGCCGAUGAGUACAAUAAGUGGAACAUACCCUUUAUCGAUCUCGCCCUUGAAUAUGGAUGGGACAUCAACGAGCAUUACGAAUUUGUGGGGAAUGCUCUCGUUUGUGCCCUAAGUACAGCAGGAUGCAACAUUGCAAUCAUAUCACACCUGUUAUCAAAUGGCGCAGAUCCGAACAACGGGAGCACGUAUAAUGGACAAAGCGCCAUAGAGAUAGCGAGCGGAGCCGUUGAUUCCGAGAAGGUGGCAUUGCUUCUAGCACAUGGAGCAAGUGUGGAGGGUACCAAAUCUCUCAUAAAUGCAGCUGGCAACGGAGAUGUUGCGACGAUGAAGUUAUUGCUGAAGCACGGAGCAGACAUUGAUGGCCAACCUUAUGAGAAGAACCAGGUACCCAAGUACAUCAACGAUGUGAGCUGGGGCUCGGCACUUCACUGCGCCGCAAAAGGAAAUCAUUGUGAUGCAAUUAAGUUGCUUUUGGAGAUGGGAGCUACAAGGGAUAUCAAGAACAUGUAUGGACUUACACCGGUGGAUGUCGCAAGCAGGAAUGGAUCUACCGACGCGGUACGAGUGCUGGAACACGGAUAG